AUGUGCGCAGUGCGCGCGUCGCCGGAGCCGCGCCGGGUGCCGCCGCUGCAGGAGCCGCCGCGGCACGUGGAGUUCACCAACAACACGGGCGCCACGCUCACCUGCUCCACGAGGGGAGAUUAUCAGGUAUGCUCUGUUACUAAGAGGACGCCGGAGCCGCGCCGGGUGCCGCCGCUGCAGGAGCCGCCGCGGCACGUGGAGUUCACCAACAACACCGGCGCCACGCUCACCUGCUCCACGAGGGGAGAUUAUCAGGUAUGCUCUGUUACUAAGAGGACGCCGGAGCCGCGCCGGGUGCCGCCGCUGCAGGAACCGCCGCGGCACGUGGAGUUCACCAACAACACCGGCGCCACGCUCACCUGCUCCACGAGGGGAGAUUAUCAGGUAUGCUCUGUUACUAAGAGGACGCCGGAGCCGCGCCGGGUGCCGUCGCUGCAGGAACCGCCGCGGCACGUGGAGCUCACCAACAACACGGGCGCCACGCUCACCUGCUCCACGAGGGGAGACUAUCAGGGCGAAUCGCACACUACGGUGGCGAAUCAUUCCAUUGGCAAUGAAGCUUCACCAGUUGUGAGUCAAAUCAAAGCACCUAUCAAUGCUUCAUCAUCUGAGGAGCAUCCAUCAACCUCUACACACAUCACCAGCCAUUUUGUUAAGGGUGUAGCACCUCGGAAGAUAUUAGCAACAGCUGUAGUGUCAGCUGAAUCACAAAAUGGCGGGAAACAUCAACUUUUGCGAGCUCUUGUAGAUCAAGGGUCGGAAGAGUCUUUUAUUGCAAGGUCAGCAGUUCAAUUACUUGAAUUGAAAACCACACCAACCAGGGUAGAUACAUCAGGUUUGGGAGGUGAACAGGGCCCUUCAACAAGGUCCAUAGUAGAGGUAUCAAUCAGUUCACGUCUCAAUCCAGGUUGCGUGUUUCGUGUUUCAGCGUAUGUCCUCGACAAAGUGACGAGAGACUUACCUUCAACUGCUGUAUCAAUCACCUCAUGGCCGGAGUUAGAACUCGUAACGUUAGCUGACCCGGAAUAUCACACUUCGAAUAAGAUAGACAUCUUAUUAGGGGCGGAGGUUUAUGCUAGGAUUAUUCAAGAUGGUAUUAUCAAAUGUCCCUCAGGGUCUUUAGCGGCACAAAAUACAACCCUGGGAUGGAUAUUAUUUGGAGCGGUCAAGUCGGAUCAAAACACAAACAUCAAAGUUACAACAUUGCACACACAUGUAGAGCCUGUAGAAGAAUUGCUUAAGUCUUUCUGGGAGGUUGAAGCAGAGCCGUCCAACAAACAUAAGAUUUUGUCAAUCGAAGAGCAACGGUGUGAAGAUAUCUUCCAUUCAACCACCACACGAGAUGAAGAGGGACGAUAUGUUGUCAAACUUCCAUUUCGAGAUAGUGAACCAGCCUGCGCCGAUGGUCAUUCACGGGACAUUGCGUUGAAGAGAUUCCACUAUCUUGAGAAGAAGAUGCAGAAAGAUGAGCGCCUGAAACAGGAGUACAAGAAAGUAUUUGAUGAAUACUUAGAGUUAAAUCACAUGAAGGAAAUUCAUGACAACAAAGCAAAGGGUUGUUACAUACCAUAUCACGCUGUCAUACGCGAAGACAGACAAACUACCAAGUUUCGGGCGGUCUUUGAUGCGUCAUGCAAAGGCACGAACGGCGUAUCUUUAAACGACGAUUUAAUGGUAGGCCCUAGAUUGCAACCAGAGUUGCGCCAUAUAAUAAUGCGUUGGCGUAUGUAUCCAAUCUGCUUCAUUGCAGAUAUAGUCAAAAUGUACCGCCAAAUAAAGGUUAGUGACGAAGACUCCGAAUUCCAGCGUAUUUUGUGGUGUGAGACACCGGAAGAGAACAUCAAGGAAUACAAGAUGCUUCGCGUUACAUUUGGAACUUCUUCAGCACCUUAUCUGGCUGUAAAAAGCUUGAUACAAGUGGCAAAGGAUGAAGGGAAAGACUUCCCUCUAGCAGCUGAAAGAGUGAAACAUGAAUUUUAUAUGGAUGAUUUGAUGUCGGGUUGCGAAAGCGAAGAAGAAGCAAUCGAAAUAUACAAGCAAAUGAAUGAAUUGCUAAAAAGGGGAGGUUUCGAAUUGCAAAAAUGGGCAAGCAACAGUGAAGCAAUGUUGAAUAAAUACAACAAGACAGUUUAG